UUCAUUAGAUAAUAUAAUAUAAAAAUAUAUAUAAUAUAAAAAAUCGAAAACCCGGCGACAGAAAAGCGAAAAUUAAAACAGAUUAUGUAAAAGUAUGCCGAAAGUGUUUCUAAUCUUAAGUUCUUCAAAUUCUCUCUUAAAAUAAUUACAAUACACACAAAAUUCACACAAACAAAACAAUAUAAAAACAACAACAACAAAAUCCAAUCGAACAAUCAUUUAUCGAAAUAAACGCAGCCGAAUCUGAGCAAUCGAUUAGUACCAAAGCAUAUGAGUUUUUACCAGAAGGUGUCGACGCUAUCGACUUGUUUCAUGUUGUAAUUCAAAUACUUUCGUUUUUUGGCAACAAUAAUGGUCAGCACAGCAUUGACAACAUUGGCUGGACAAACAACUAGUAGCACUAAUCAUCAUCACCAUCAUCAUCAUCAGCAGCACCAGCAGCCACAGCAGCAUCAACAGCAACCGCCUCAUCACAGCAGUAACGGUAGCAGCUAUAGCAGCUACCAGCGCCUGCAAGCCCCAGCAACAACAGGAGCAUCAUCUACAGUCGCAGCUGGCACUCAGCAACGCAAUUAUUACGCGCACAACGGAUUGGAGAACGACUGUGACAGCAGCAACACCUCCAACAGCAAUUGCGGCUAUCAACCACAGCAGCCAUUGAAUUUAUCACAGGCGCUGCUCUCGCCUUCGCCACCGCUGGACGAUCAAAUAAAUUUGCUAUUUCCCAAGUGCCGACCCAAACAACAACAGCAGCAACAGCUGUCGAGCAGUGGCAAUCGACAGCAACAUGAAGACAGUGUUGAUGUAAAUUUAAACAGUGCGAACAACACAACAGUAGCAGCAGCGACUGCAGAGAUAACUGGAAGCAGCUCACCCGUUGUUACAUCCAUCAACACGCUUAGCUACUAUAAAAGUGUGAACAUAAUAACGCAGUCUCCUCCACCGCAUUCAGCUUCGUCCCACUCUUCGGAAUCGCUGUCUUCGGUCACGCCGCGCAUUUCGACAAAUCCAUUUUUGUGCGCACCAUUGACACCACCAACACCGCCAACUGUUACAUCGAACGGGGGCGAUACGGACGUCGACGGUAUUCUCUUAACAGAGGACGAAGGCUUACACCAACCGCCACAGCAGAAACCGCUUAUUGAAGAGUCGGUGCCACAGACGGCCUAUCCUGCUUCCUUCUACUAUCACACGGGCGAUACCAGGCGUAGCCACAGCUAUACAGAUAUGCCGCGAAAACGGAAUAGCGCUAUAUCAAUCAACAGGCAACACCAACAUCAUGCGCUGCUUAACGGCAUCAGCAACAACAACAUCGGAAACGAAACUGCAUCGAACAGUCAUAAUCCAUUUAUUAAGGAGCACUACUGGGAGUCGCCCACAACAUAUGCUAGCUCGUUGUUGCACUCACCUACGGAGUAUCAUGAUGAGCUUCAACAGAAGCAGCAGCAAGAACAGCAGCAGCUACCGCAACACACGUCGGCACGACGACCCUAUCAUCAGCAAAGGGAGCAACUCGCGCCACAAUUAUACAGCAUCGGACAGAGGCAAACGCAAACCCAAGCGCUGUCGCAAUCGCAAUCGCAGAAUCUUAAAGCGCCACACGUAUUGCGCGCGGGUCGCAGUCCCGUUACUCACAACUUGUCAGCUGUUGAUUUUGGCACGCAACAUCAACCGACGCUUAGCGGCAGCAAUCCGUGCGCCGAGGGGCUAACUCCAUUGGCUAGCCACUAUCUGUAUGGCAGCAAAUCGUCCCUGGAUGAGCAUCCAACCGAUUGGGAGCCACGUGAGCAGCGUAAACAAAGGUUGCGUGAACGCGAAAGAGAACAAGAACGAGAGCGUGAGCAAUCGCUGCUGGAACAACAGCAGCAGCAUCUUCAGCUGCAAGAUGCGCAUACAACACGCGAUAAUCACUUGAGCCACCUUGCUUCAGCCCAAAAACAUGAACAGCAGCAGUGCAAACGGCACGUCAAUAACGACGAUCGAUUGAUCAAUAGCACUGUCAAUGAGUCAGCUGUCAGCAGCUAUGGAGAAGCCGAUACCUCAGAGAGUUGGCAGCAUCUACGCGUAACGACCGAAUCAAAUGCCCUGCCUCCGGAGCAGAUCAAAAGCAGCAAACAGCAAACCGCUAACAAAACACAUCCAGGCAGCCAAGGUCGCGCUCAUGUCAUGCUUGAGCCCCCUACGCGACGCAUGGUCGAUGAUGACGCAGCCUAUCGAGAUGGCUGGCAGCUGGAAAGUAACUACACAAUGGCCGUGGAGUCGCGUCAUGGCAUCAUAGAAUACGAGGGCUCCCCCAGACGCAUUGGCAUUGCGACCAGUAACAGUCCCGCUGCAGACGAGCCUGAGCCAGCAGUUGACACAAUAAAAGCAACUGCAGCUACGCCAACAAUGGCAGCUCUGCAAACCAUCAGUAGCAAAACAAUUAUGGCCAACUCAUUGCAGAGGACCGCGGCUCAUGCAGCACUUGCUGCGUUUGCCCAAUGCCAGCCGUCGCAACAGUCACAGGCAAAUCCAAUUCGCCCCGGCUUUCCACAGCGCAUAAUAUCGCCACCGCGUGAGCUGCGCAGCAGUUCCCCCACACAGCAGCAGAAACAGUAUUAUAACUAUGGUAGCAAUCAUAGCAAUAACAACAACAACUACAAGGCAGCAUGCAGUGACAACAAUGCCGAAGAUACAAGCAAUGAUGUCUCUGAAAUUGGCACCAUAUCCGACUUAACCACGCCAGAGGCACUCAUUACGGCCACGGCCAACGAGUUAACGAACUGUGCGGCCACUUCACCGCCACUUGCAGCAGCAACACCAACCACGGUAACAGCCACAGCCACAGCAACAGCAACAGCAACAUUGGCGGCAACCACAGCAACAGCAAUCGCCAGCAACUCUUCGGCCAUCGGUACAACACCAGGUCCAUUAAGUCUGCAUACCAAAUCAUCAACAUUUGAUUACCUCUACGAAUUUUCUGAGACGCGCAAAGUACUAGAAGAGUUCUUCAAGUGUCCGUCGAACGACGAACAGCCCAUAUUGGAGAAUGGCAGCGAUGUGGACAGCAUUGAUAUACAGUACGAGUUUCACAGAAACUUUGAACGUGACGAAGAGGAGAAUCUGGAUGAAGACGAAGACGAGGAAGAUGAUGUAAACGAGGAGGUCGAGGAUGAGGAUGAUCAUAUCGAGCAGGAUUAUCGCCAGCAACAGCAGCAGCAACAUCAACAGCAACAACUACAAUUGAUGCAACAGCCGCUCACAUCCGAUCGCCAUGUUGGCACAUCUACACAGCCGCAGUUGCAGUUGCAGUCGCAGUUACAGGCGCAGCUGCAGUCACGGCCAGCUCAGAUACCACGACAUUACAGCGGCAGUCCACUAAUGCGGGACUUUGACUUUUUCCUCGAAACGGCAAGUCGCAGCAGCGGCGAGCGAGAAGGCGAACAGGAUGGGCUAAAUCACAACCAGCUACUGAGCACCGGUAGUGGCAGCGGCUUGGGCCAAAGCGGGGGCCAGUGCGUGAGUGUUGGCCUGACAGGCACACAUAACUAUCGCUACUCGCCGGAGACCACCGACUAUGACUCUAACUGCGGCGACCUUGACAGCCUCUCAGGCGAGAUGAAUGGCGGUUUGUCUACAUCCUGUUCAAACUAUGCCAAGUACUAUGCCUCGGCCAUGCCCGUUUUGGAGGAUGGCCUCUCUUCGGGACACACCAGUGACACAGAGAACAAUAAUAACAAGAACCAAAUACAACUGGGUGUCCAAGCAAAUCCGAGCCAUAUACAAGGACUAAGUCAGAGUCAGGGUCAAAAUCAAGGCAAUCUCAGCACAAGCACCAGCAUUGGCGGCGGCAUUUCCAUGCUAAUGGACAUGCAACGGAUCUCAACUAACAACAGCCUAAACAGCAUGCACAACCUAACCGUCUCCAUAGACAGCAUUGGGGUCGGCCAUCAGCUCAGUCACACGAGUCCCAGUAACGGACACGUCAAGCAAUACCAGCAGCAACCAUCACAUCUGUCACAUCAACGAGAACUGCUCGGCCAGAGCCCCAGCAACAAUAGCAAUAGCAAAGUGUUUAAGAGCAUAGAUCCAGAGUUGGACUCCCUCUACUCUAUCAAUGUUUUCCACCGUCCGGACAUGGUGCAGAUGACGCCCCCGCCACCGGCGCCAGCGCCGCAUCGCAAGCCAAACUGCAACACCGAUGUUGAUCUGCAGCAGGCUGCCGGGCAGGGCAGCAAGGCCAUCGGGUCGACGUUGCAACGUAGCUCCCCAACUGCCUGCAUAGGCGUUGGUAGCAGUACUGCUAAGCCGCGUAGCGCUGGCAGCAAUUGCAGCAACAACGGCGUGGGCGGUGCUGGAACUAGUAGUGGUGGCGAGGGUGGGGCUGGGGCACCUGCGCCACCACCCAUACCAGAGCGGAGCAACAUGCCUGUGCAACGCUCGCCAUCGCCUGUAAUGAGCUCGCCCGUAUGGCUGUCACGGCAUCUGGAAGGAAAUGAUGGUAAGGCACCGCUCGAAUCGAGCUCCGACAACCACUCAAAGAAUCACAGCGUUGAUGAAGAAGAUGUGGACACGGAUCUGGAAACAGAUCGCCUACUGGGUCAUCAGCGCCUGGACGAUCAAGGCUACUACGACGAGAACAAGAGCUGGGAUCGCAAGCCGCGCAGCUCUCUGCUAUCCAAAAUAUCACCCAAACAACAGCAGAUGCCCAGCUCUAAGACGCGUAACGGAUACAAUGCAUUGCUCAGCUCUACUCCCGAACUGGCGCCGCCGGUUCCACCAAAGAGCUCGGCGAGCCUAAGCGGAUCGGGGGCUAGCAAGCUGCUCGAUCUGGUCAGUGGUGGCAUCGGUGUCGGAAUUGGCGUCGCUGUUAGCGCAGGAGCCGCGCAGCGCAGCGAUUCACGCAGCUCCUCAGAGCACAGCCAUAAAUCACCUAUAAAUGUAUCCGGUGCUGGGCACGAUAUAUGCGGCAUGACAACCACAAUAGCUGCUGAUGCAAUCGUCUCUGCUGUGGUGGCUACUGGCGUAUUACCGUCUCAUGGUAGUUCCAACAAUGGCGGAGACUUGGAGCGGUCGGCUACGGGUAUUGCCAAGGCAGAUACGGAAAGUGAGGGCAUAAAUGGCGCGGGAAUUGUGGGUGUUGCAAGCAGCGUAGCCAAUGCUGUUAUAAGUAAUGGCACUAGCACUAUCAACGGCUCCGCAAACAAUAAUAAUAAUAACAACAACAACGUUGCCAUUGGCAGCAAUAACAGCAGCGGCAGCGGCGCGGGCAGCAACAGUGGCGAGAAAAAAGUUAAAAAGAGUAAGAGCAAAGAAGGCGGUGCAGUGCUCAUCGAAGGCGUUCUGUUUCGGGCAAAAUACUUGGGCUCCACGCAGCUGGUUUGCGAGGGUCAACCCACAAAAUCAACUCGAAUGAUGCAAGCUGAGGAGGCCGUGUCUCGCAUCAAGGCUCUGGCACCCGAUGGCGAUGUACAGCCCAGUACAGAGGUGGAUUUGUUCAUCUCGACGGAAAAAAUAAUGGUGCUAAACACCGAUCUCAAGGAAAUUAUGAUGGAUCAUGCGCUGCGCACUAUUUCCUAUAUAGCCGACAUUGGGGAUUUGGUCGUGCUGAUGGCGCGUAGACGUUUCGUGCCGCAGGAUAUUGAUGAUGCACCGAAACCAAAUCGCACUCCCAAAAUGAUAUGCCACGUGUUUGAGAGCGACGAGGCGCAGUUCAUAGCGCAGUCGAUCGGGCAGGCCUUCCAGGUGGCGUACAUGGAGUUCUUAAAGGCCAAUGGGAUUGAGGAUCAUCGGUUUGUUAAGGAAAUGGACUACCAGGAAGUGCUCAACAGCCAGGAAAUCUUUGGUGACGAGCUUGAGAUUUUUGCCAAGAAAGAACUACAAAAGGAAGUAGUUGUGCCCAAGGCCAAGGGCGAAAUACUCGGAGUGGUCAUUGUCGAAAGCGGCUGGGGCUCCAUGCUUCCCACAGUCGUCAUUGCGAAUCUAAUGAGCUCUGGGGCCGCGGCACGUUGUGGCCAAUUGAAUAUCGGCGAUCAGCUAAUCGCCAUCAACGGACUGAGCCUGGUGGGUCUGCCGCUCUCCACCUGCCAAACAUACAUCAAGAAUACCAAAAACCAGACCGUUGUCAAAUUCACAGUUGUGCCCUGUGCACCAGUCGUCGAGGUCAAAAUCAAGCGGCCCGAAACCAAAUAUCAACUCGGCUUCAGCGUCCAAAAUGGAGUGAUCUGCAGUCUUCUGCGUGGUGGUAUUGCGGAGCGAGGAGGCGUUCGUGUCGGUCAUCGAAUCAUCGAGAUCAACAACCAGAGCGUGGUGGCUGUGCCCCACGAGAAGAUCGUCAAUUUACUGGCCACAUCGGUGGGCGAGAUCCUCAUGAAAACGAUGCCCACAUCAAUGUUCCGCUUGUUGACCGGCCAGGAGAACCCCAUAUACAUUUAAACUAUGUCUAUCGAUAGGCGAUAAAACGUUCUUAUUAGCUAUCGAUUGUGUGCGCUUUGUUUUGUUUGUUGUUUUAUUAUAUUUAUAUCAUUUUAUUUAUUUUAUUGACUACUCUAGAUUACAUUUUGCAGUGGGAAAGAGUUAAAAACAAAUAUAUACAUAUAUUCAAUGACAAAUAACACGAGUAAACAUUUUGUUCCGAUACAUGAACUGUAAACAAAUAACAAAUAUAUAUCUACAUACAUAUAUAACAAAUAUACAAUAAAAAAAUUUAAAAAGUCUAAGAGUAAGGUUAUAUAAAAUGGAUUGCACGCCGGUUUGCAAUGCUUAGAACUAUUAGUUGCAACUCCUUUGCGAUUGCUGGGGAAAUUAUAAACAUAUAUGAAAAAAUAUAUAUACAUACAUAUGUAUAUUACCAAUAUAAACACGGUGACCUUCUUGCGAAAACGUCCUUAGCUUAGUUAAACAGCGUACAGAAUACAAUGAUAGUUAAGGCCACAAUGCCUUUGCCAACCCCUUACACUCUGACUAUCGCACCCUUCCCUAAUAUCAAAUACAUAAAUACCGUUGCAUAUAAAUACAUUUUCAGGAAACGCCCGUAUGAAAGCUUCACAGCACAUAAAAAAUAUAUACCAUGCAUUGCUAAAAGCGUUAACGCAUAUAUACACACACACACA